AUGAGUUCUGAUAAUGGGCUGGACCAUGACCCGGACUAUGAUUCUGCUGGUAUAUGCUUGUUCAAUAAUCCUCCCCCUUCUGCUUUGAGGAUGUCCGCGGGUAUUACUCCGCAUCAGACCGGUGUCGGCAUUCUUCUUUUCGUUCAGCAAAGCUGCCACACCCUCCCGCUACGAAGUAUUGGUUACUGGAAUCUGCGAGGACGCUGUGGAUCUAGUGUAGAGAUUCGAGCCGAUGCUGAUUAA